UCGUACAUAACAACAUAACCUUUUUUCCGUGACAUAACCUCUUUGUUUCACCACUAGCAGGGUCUAUUUAUUUAUACUUGAUACCGUCAUGAAACCCCCAAGAUGCCAUGGAAUUUGAAAUUGAGGCAGAUAUAGUAAAUUUACCAAAUUCAACUGAUUCAUUAGACACCACUGAGAUACCAGUCAUUAACGCAGAAUCUGAGACCUAUUCAGACUUCUUUAGAAAUUACCUCUUACAAAAUACUCCCUGCAUUAUUAAAAAUAUAAGCCUUAAUUGGAGCGCCACUAAAAACUGGUUAAAAAACGGAGAACCCAACAUAGAUUACUUGCAAGAAAAGUAUGGCAACACUAAAGUGAUGAUCUAUGACUGCUCAGACAGAUACUUCAAUUCACAAAAAUGCAAAGAAAGUAACUUACAUGAAUACCUUGACAUAUGGAGAUCUAGCAGUGAGACUCUAUACUAUCUCAAAGAUUGGCAUUUAAAAUUGCAGCAUAGACAGGACGAAUUUUAUCAAGUGCCAAUUUUUUUCUCCUCUGAUUGGUUAAAUGAGUAUUUUACCAAUUGUUUGGAUGAUGAUUAUAGGUUUGUUUAUAUGGGCCUCAAGGGAACAUGGACCCCUUUACAUGCAGAUGUAUUCAACUCCUAUAGCUGGUCAGUAAAUAUAUGCGGUCAAAAACGAUGGAUAUUUUUCCCACCAGGAGAAGAACAGUUCUUAAAAGACAAAUCCAACAAUCUACCCUAUGACAUUGAAGGGGUGUCCCACUCAAGAAAAUGCUUUGAGGUAAUUCAAAAUGCAGGAGAAGCUAUAUUUGUACCCUCAGGUUGGUACCAUCAAGUAUGGAACCUCAGAGAUACCAUAUCAAUUAAUCAUAACUGGGUGAAUGGGUGUAAUAUAGAGACAAUGUGGCAGGCACUAAAAAAUAAUUAUGCUAAUGUUAGAAGUGAAAUUGCCGAUUGUAAUGAUAUGGAAGGCUUUGAAGAGCAUUGUCAAAUCAUGUUAAAGGCCUUAUUUGGUAUAAAUUAUGAUCAGUUUUAUGAUUUUUUGAGGUAUAUUGCAACAAGCAGAUUGGAGAUGAUGCAUGAUAGAAGCAAAAGGAGGCUUUAUCAUGAUCAUAUAAUUGGUACUAACCAUGUAUUGUUUGAUUUGAGUAGGGUAUACAGUGUGCUUAAGGAGUUUCUAAACUGUGAUAUUAAUAAAAUAAAAUUCAAAGAUGGACAAUGUUUAUUGGAUCAUAUCUUAAAAAUGUUAUAAAAAUAGAAAUAUAAAGUUUUUAUUUACAUGAUGGCUGUUAACCAGGAACUAUACACCAGUAUUUAGAAGAAUAAAAUCUUAAAGUUUA